GGGACUGCCUUCUCCUACUUUCUGUUAAAUGUAAGUCUCCUUCUCAGUGUUAGGAUGUGCUGGGACUAGAGCAGUUGUAUGUCUGCGUGCUCCUCUUGCGCCUUCCAGAUUGACCGAUCCCGAGGGUCCUGCUAGUGCCUAAGUGGCUGUGAGAUAAAUUUCGUGAUCUUUUUCUAUGGAAGAUCCUACUGGUGAGGGUAGUGAUCAUUCUGAAGAAUUGAAGGCAUCGUCCUCUGAGAGGAAAGAAUAUAUGGACUCUGAUGGACAGACUAUGGAUGAAAAUAUCAAUCAAUUUCAGUCAGAUAAAAAGUCAGAUAUUUUGACAAAAAGCUUCAUGGAAGGUAAUGUGGUUGUACAACCAGAACCAAAGCAGAAGGAAGGUGAAGAUGAUUUUCAAGAGCCUGAAGUUAGCACCAAAAGUAAAAGAAAAACUGAAACUUCCAAAAGACAUGUUGGAGAAACACUUUAUGACACUAUGAUCUGUACUGCUUGUGGACAACAGGUGAACCACUAUGAGAAGAAUUCAAUAUAUAGACAUCCUGCAUUGAAUAUUCUUAUUUGUAAGAACUGCUACAUAUAUAUGACUGAUGACAUUAAGCCAUGAUUCUAAAAGAACUCGUAAGCACUGCAGAUGGUGUGCAGAAGGCGGAAACGUAAAUUUUGUAAUUCUUGCUAUAUUUUUUGUGAAAAUUGCAUUUGGUGCAGUCUAGGGAGAAAUGAGAUCUCAAAUUUGAUGGAUGAAAACACUAAGUGGAAUUGUUAUAUUUGUUAACCUGAGACUUUGUUGGAUUUGAUUGCCAUAUGUGACAGUAUUUGAGACUUUAUUACAUUUAGAUCAACAUUAAAAAAAAGAAAAAGUAAGUAAAAAGAGUGCCAAUACUUGUGAUCAUCCAGAAAAAUUCAAAUAUGGAAAUUGUACUGAAGAGACCCAACAUUUAUAUGAAUCUUCCUCUGAGACUGCGAUAUAACCUUUUUUAUAUUACUGAUUCCAAAAGAGUUGAUUAAAAGAACAAAAGCAUUGAUAGAGGAUGUGAUGGUUAUUAACUCUACUUUUCUGAUUGUUUUGGAACAAAUAUCCAAUAAUUCAGAAGUUAGCCAAGUGCAAAUUUAAGUCUGUUGGAAUCUGUUAGACAACUGAUGAUUGGGAUAGGUAAUGCUCAGGAGGCUUUAGAAGAAUGC